AUGCCUGGUAAGGAUUCUGAUAAGGGUGAUGUACCUGACGGAAAUGGAACUUCUGAUAUUCAGCAUGCGAAAGAUAAUGAAGGAAAUGCGGAGCCACCAUCUGAUGAAAAUAAUACUGGCAAUGACAAAGAGGAAUCUAGCAUCCUUGAAAAGGACCAGCUGGAUAAUGUAUGCAACGUAGUAGAACAACUUGUAACUUUUCCCUUAUCCCAAAGUGUUGAUGAUGUUACUGGAAACCCAUUUGAAGCAGAAGAUAAAUCACAAGACUUGGAUUGUAAUGUUACAACUAAUAAUGAUGAUAUAAAGGAUACUGACAGUGACAGUGACAUUUUUGCAAUAAGUGCACCCGAAGGUGAUUGUCAAGUAAUGGAAAUAACUGAUGAUGAAGGGCAUCGCUCACAAGACGAACCUCGUGCUCCUUAUACUAUUGGAAGUCUCUCUCCCGUUGAUGAUGGUAAAAAUGAACUGGACAGUCUUGAAGAAAUUGUUGUAGCGGCUUCAGUGUAUAGGAAUGAUGAAUCUGGGGAUGAUAUGCCUGGAGAAUGUGAUAUGGAUUUAGAGGUAAAUAAAGAAAGUGAUAUUGAAGAUGAUUUGGAAAAUGAUGAUAAAGGUUCAAACAUGAUGUCAGAAGGUCACAGGAAUUUAGACUUAGAAACUGUAAGUAAAUUAAGGUUCACUAAAGGAAAAUCCACUAAAGAAAAAAAGGAGGGAAGCUAA